GCCUUAUAUUGUUUUCAAUUACGUUUUAAUUAAAUGUAAUAAAAAAUGCCGAAUACUUUUGUUCAGAUGAAAACUGAGUUACCUUAAUAUAUUGAAUUAUUUAAAUUUAGUUUAAAUAGUUGUAAUAAUUGAAAUACAUCGUUUUGUUCCUUGAUAUCUGGCCUUCCAUUCCAUUUUUCCAGAAAUAUAUAUUAAUUGCUUUUUGUUCCUCUUUUAGACAUAUUUACUUAAUUAGUAUGAUUUAAUGCCGGUAACUUUUGUCGAUGACCAUGUAUAUCUACUAACUUACAAAAUGUCAUUUUUUUACAGCUGGUUAACUUGUCGGCCCGUCGAACAGUUACGCAUAAUUAAGAUGUUAUUAACAUUUCAGGACAGAUUACGUAUUCCAUGGCGUGGCGGAUCUAAGCAUGCCACAUUGGGUAGCCUUAUUCCCGUUGUUGCGAUUCCAUUACUUAUUAGCUUAGCAGCAAUCAAUGCAUAUACCUGCAUUAUAUUAUUUUUAACAAGCUCUGUGAUAAUGUGUUAUGCUUUCAAUUACGUCCAGAGCAAAGCAAUACGGACAAGUUUUUUCAGCAUAUGGGUGUUUUCAUCAUUGGUCUACUUGAUAGUGUGGUUUGAAUUCACUGUACCGCUUUUGGUACUACUCCCAGAAGAGAAUUGGGCUUUAGUCGCACUCUCCAUAAUUUCAUUGAUAUGCUUUUAUCAGACUCGUAAGCGAGCUAUAUUAAAUCACGUCAUACAGUUUGCUGGAACAGCAAAUGGAGUACUCAUCGUUACAGAAACAAGCGUCGCAGAGGAAGAUAAGACGAUAAAAGCAGUUUUCCUGCUAGAGCAGGACUUGGAAGAAAUACAGCCAACUGAUUGUGCGAACCGCGUUCAAUCAAAUGUUUGCUCAAUCUGUAGUAAGUGUGUGCCGGCGCGAGCUGUACAUUGCUCAGUUUGCAGUGCUUGUAUUAAGAGACACGACCACCACAGCUAUUGGUUAAAUUGCUGCAUAGGAGAAUCAAAUCAUCGUUUCUACAUUUUUGGAUUGUUAUUUAGCACAUUCGCAUUAUUAUUGGGCGCUAAUUUGACACUAACUGCUGUUUGUCAUCCUUUUAUAGCAGCAAAUAUAUUAGGACUGCACAUAUUGCUACCGGAUGAUUGCACCGAGGUUUUUGACAUAUACGAGUUCGGCUUAGCUUUUGUGAUUGCUGCCUAUACUUUAAUGAUUGCUGCAUACAUCAUGCUAAUACUUGUACGACAAAUAUAUUGCAUUUCGCGUGGAACAUCAUUACAUGAAAGAAAAACAGAGGUGGGCGGGAAUAAUAAAACUUUGAAGUACAACUGGAGGAAUUUUGUAUUUUACUGGUUAACUUGUCGGCCCGUCGAACAGUUACGCAUAAUUAAGAUGUUAUUAACAUUUCAGGACAGAUUACGUAUUCCAUGGCGUGGCGGAUCUAAGCAUGCCACAUUGGGUAGCCUUAUUCCCGUUGUUGCGAUUCCAUUACUUAUUAGCUUAGCAGCAAUCAAUGCAUAUACCUGCAUUAUAUUAUUUUUAACAAGCUCUGUGAUAAUGUGUUAUGCUUUCAAUUACGUCCAGAGCAAAGCAAUACGGACAAGUUUUUUCAGCAUAUGGGUGUUUUCAUCAUUGGUCUACUUGAUAGUGUUGUUUGAAUUCACUGUACCGCUUUUGGAACUACUCCCAGAAGAGAAUUGGGCUUUAGUCGCACUCUCCAUAAUUUCAUUGAUUUGCUUUUAUCAGACUCGUAAGCGAGCUAUAUUAAAUCACGUCAUACAGUUUGCUGGAACAGCAAAUGGAGUACUCAUCGUUACAGAAACAAGCGUCUCAGAGGAAGAUAAGACGAUAAAAGCAGCUCUACUGCUAGAACAGGACAUGGAAGAAAUACCAUCUGAUUGUGCGAACCGCGUUCAACCAAAUGUUUGCUCAAUCUGUAGUAAGUGUGUGCCGGCGCGAACUGUACAUUGCUCAGUUUGCAGUGCUUGUAUUAAGAGACACGACCACCACAGCUAUUGGUUAAAUUGCUGCAUAGGAGAAUCAAAUCAUCGUUUCAUCAUUUUUGGAUUGUUAUUUAGCACACUCGCAUUAUUAUUGGGCGCUAAUUUGACACUAACUGCUGUUUGUCAUCCUUUUAUAGCAGCAAAUAUAUUACGACUGCACAUAUUGCUACCGGAUGAUUGCACCGAGGUUUUUGACAUAUACGAGUUCGGCUUAGCUUUUGUCAUUGCUGCCUAUGCUUUAAUGAUUGCUGCAUACAUCAUGCUAAUACUUGUGCGACAAAUAUAUUUCAUUUCGCGUGGAACAUCAUUACAUGAAAGCAAAACAGAGCUGGUUAACUUGUCGGCCCGUCGAACAGUUACGCAUAAUUAAGAUGUUAUUAACAUUUCAGGACAGAUUACGUAUUCCAUGGCGUGGCGGAUCUAAGCAUGCCACAUUGGGUAGCCUUAUUCCCGUUGUUGCGAUUCCAUUACUUAUUAGCUUAGCAGCAAUCAAUGCAUAUACCUGCAUUAUAUUAUUUUUAACAAGCUCUGUGAUAAUGUGUUAUGCUUUCAAUUACGUCCAGAGCAAAGCAAUACGGACAAGUUUUUUCAGCAUAUGGGUGUUUUCAUCAUUGGUCUACUUGAUAGUGUUGUUUGAAUUCACUGUACCGCUUUUGGAACUACUCCCAGAAGAGAAUUGGGCUUUAGUCGCACUCUCCAUAAUUUCAUUGAUUUGCUUUUAUCAGACUCGUAAGCGAGCUAUAUUAAAUCACGUCAUACAGUUUGCUGUAACAGCAAAUGGAGUACUCAUCGUUACAGAAACAAGCGUCUCAGAGGAAGAUAAGACGAUAAAAGCAGCUCUACUGCUAGAACAGGACUUGGAAGAAAUACAGCCAACUGAUUGUGCGAACCGCGUUCAACCAAAUGUUUGCUCAAUCUGUAGUAAGUGUGUGCCGGCGCGAACUGUACAUUGAUCAGUUUGCAGUGCUUGUAUUAAGAUGCACGACCACCACAGCUAUUGGUUAAAUUGCUGCAUAGGAGAAUCAAAUCAUCGUUUCUACAUUUUUGGAUUGUUAUUUAGCACACUCGCAUUAUUAUUGGGCGCUAAUUUGACACUAACUGCUGUUUGUCAUCCUUUUAUAGCAGCAAAUAUAUUACGACUGCACAUAUUGCUACCGGAUGAUUGCACCGAGGUUUUUGACAUAUACGAGUAUGUGCAAAAAGUUACAUGCUGAUACAGUUUAAAUAUGGGUGUGUUUAAGCCGCCGCUUAAACUUAAUUCAGCGGCCGUGCGCGCAUCCUGUGGCCGCAGCGGUGUGAAGUCCGAAAAAUGAUUAACGAGCGCGCACGGCCGCUUCCCAUCAUCGGGCCAAAUGAGAGACCAGUCAGUUCAGCCAAAAACGUCGGACAUCGCGCACGCGCCCUAGUAGUGGAUGUUUAAAUCUAAAUAUUUAAUAAACACGCUCUGUACAUACGCAGAUAAACAUUAAUUUUUGUGCAUAAAUAAACACAAAAAUAUUUGUAAUUAUUAUCCGGAACAAAAGUUUUUCCGUUAUCGGUAAAAGUUUGUGUGUGUAAAGAGGUGAGUGCGAAGGGACCAAUCGAGAAAUAUUCAUGGUCCUUCGCAGCCGACCGUGGCCCAGCUCCUAGAAAAACUUAUAGAUAAUAAUACAAAAUUUUCUAAAAAUAAAAUAAACGCGUAUCGUGCGCCCGCUAAACAAAAAAAAAACUAUUAACUAAGUGGAAAAACAAUAAAAAAGUGCACGUAUUUUGAAAUAUUUUCCUGCACCCCCUUUGACUACUAGCCAAUUUGCUCCAUUUGCAAAUUAUCUUAUACNAAAAAAAACUGA